UGGUUUUAUCAUGUAAUGGGGCUCAUUACACCCUGACCUAGAAACGGGGCAAACUGCUCUGUGCUUCUCCUUAUAGCCCCUGCACUGUCUAACAAAGAGCUGUGGGGGGUUCCUCAUACAAUAUUAUUAUGCCUUUAACAUGUUUACUUCUGUGUAUUUGCCCCAGCUGUUCCAUCCUCCGUUUCUGACCACACAAUAACUAAAUAAUAAUAAAAUAUGAAGGAAGAAAUUGCUGCUACAGUUGUUUUUCUAACAAUGUUGGUGAAGAAACAUGAGAAGCUGAGCAGGCAGAAGACUGAGACGUUUGCUGCUAAAUUGACCACAAUCCUGUUUGAGAAGUUUAAAAGUCACUGGUAUCCUGAGACCCCAAUAAAAGGACAAGCUUAUAGGUGCAUAAGGAUUAACCAGCACCAGGCUAUAGACUCUGUGUUGGAACAAGCUUGUGCUGCGAGUGAUGUGGAUUACAAUGACCUUGGAUUGCCCAAGGAGAUGACUAUCUGGGUGGACCCAUUUGACGUUUGCUGCAGCUUUGUUCUUCACAGAUAUGGUGAGAAAAACGACCCUUUUACUAUUGCAAACUUUGUGAGGAAGGAAGAACGUAACGUAUCAAACCGAAUUAGCAGCGCUGUGGAAAAGGCGACCUCUGAUUAUCACUCAGGAACCUCCUCUGAUGACGAAGCCAGCAACAAAAAAACAAUUCCUACUGUCAGCAACCCAAACAGUGUCUAUCAGAGUACAGACUACAGCCAGCCCAUACCUACAUGGUCCCAUUUGCCCCGUCGAAAGAACUAUUCAAAUGAAGUCUACCAUCAGCAGCCAUCUAAAUACUAUCCUCAGCACAAACCCUUCCGGCCCUACAGACCAUCAGCGGCAUUCUCUGGGCCCCGGGUUGACAAAUAUCAUUGGGUUAACACCAAGCGAUGACUGUUUUUUAUUUAUCCUUUGUCUUAAUAAUUUAAUGGCACUUUGGUAUUUUUAACCCUUCCAUUUUGAGAACAGAAAAAAUAUUUUAAAAACAGAUUUUAAAUAUUUUAUGUUUAUCAAUUAUACACGGACAUGUUUGUUUAUUAAACAUGAAUAAAUCAACAUUUUAUAAA